GCUCUGGACUGUGUGGAGGUGUUCUCAACAGUGACAGUGGCGUCAUCACAAGCCCAGGUCACCCCAACGAAUAUCCCCAUGGGGUCAACUGUACGUGGUAUAUUAAUGUCACCCCGGGACUGGUCAUUCGUCUGACAUUCCACAUGUUCAGCUUUGAGAAUCCCACAGAGAACACAUGUGUGUAUGAUUAUGUUGACAUUUAUGACAACUCAACCAUGGCUGAAGAAAGUCGACUGGGAAG